AUGUCAGACAACAUCAACAAAAACUUAAUACUUGGAUCUCCAUGGGAAUAUUUACCUGAUGAGAUUGUAACCGAUAUUUUCCUACGUCUACCUAUCAAAUCCAUAAUUAUCUGUACCUCUGUCUCAAAAACUUGGAAAUCCCUAAUCCAAAACCCCACUUUUAUUUCCAACCAUCUCCACCACUCCUACACCACCACCACCAACAACCACAACCUCCUCCUCAUCAGUUCCCACAAUAAGGAACUAUAUUGCGCAUUGCAUAACGAAGAUGAUCCUUAUUUCAGUAAACACACUAGAUUUGAUUGUCAUCCUGCCUUGGGUUCCUCUAAUGGAUUAUUAUAUUUGGUCGGUACUUGUAAUGGCCUGCUCUGCCUUUCCAACACUUAUGACAUUAAUAGAUUCUUUCUGCUGAAUCCUUCUGGUAGAAAGUUCGUGGAACUUCCUUUACCCAAUGUCACUUUACACAAUUAUUUCGAACCGUCUCUUGGGUUUGGAUAUGAUUCCAAAACUAAUGAUUAUAAAGUGGUGAGGGCUGUGAGCUUAAAGUUAAUGGAGGAUAGUUGUGUCUUUCAAAAUCCUCAACCCCCCGUGGUCGAGGUUUACUCGCUCUCCACUGGUCAAUGGAAAAUGCUUAGUGCUCCUGUAUGUGUUGUAUUAUACGGUAAUUGUCAGAAACAAGCAUUUGUCAAUGGGGCGCUGCAUUGGCUUGCUUCAAGGAUUACUACCACUAAUGAUGGAAAAAAUAAAGUACAUUUUGUUUUGGUGCUUGAUUUGGGGGACGAGGUCUUCCAUGAAAUACUGCUGCCGGAGAGUCUUCAAUAUGAUCUGUGUACGUCUGUUUCUGUAUAUGGAAAUUCCAUUGCUAUGUUUCAAAGUGAUUCUUAUGAUUGUAUUUUGAAUAUAUGGGUGAUGAAAGAGUAUGGUGUUGCCUCAUCAUGGAUGAAAGUUCAUCAAAAUCGAACAUUAUCCAUACUAAGGGCAGUAGGUUUUAGGAGGAAUGGUGAGGUUGUACUGCAAAUGUUUUCUGGAGGAAGGCUUGUCUCGUGGAAUCCAGAGAGCCAAAAGAUUAAGGAACUUAGGAUUAUUGGAUUUAGUUUUACUUUUGUUGGUUAUUAUGUUGAGAAUCUAGUUUUGCUUGACAAAACCGCCAACGGUGCAGUUACAUAUAGAAGAAAAUCAGAGGCUAGUGUGGUUGAGCUUAUGAAGUCCACUAAUGGAGUCCUCUUUUGGGAUGUAAGUUUCUUUAGGGGUGUGCGUACUCGGGAAUUAGAGGCUAUGUCAGGUUUCAUGGAUACCAUUUAUGGUUCUUCAGUAAGGGGGUUUGGUAAGGAUAAGAUGUGUUGGAAACCUGAUAUAGACAAAGGGUUCAUGGUUAAGGAUUAUUAUAGUAUUUAA